CGAGAAAACAAAAACAAUCGGUCCGGGGCCGCCAUCUUGGCUGGGAAUGUGCGGCUGAAUGGGAAGCGAUGAGAUUCCCUGGGAAGAGGAGGACGGAGAGGAGGACGACGCGGACGCUCGCACCCAGCGCACAGCGGCUCGGCCGACCAGAGCUCAGCGGGCCGGCUUCGGAGAGCGCAGCAGGCUCGCGGCAAGAGGCACCGAGUGACCGCGCCCGCCCGCUCCCACCAGCAGGCGGAGACCGGAGCCAGCUCACCGGACAGCAGUAACGGGCAGAGUCCCCAGCCGCCAGGCCCCGCGUUACCCAUGACCCCCCGGGGCAGGAGGGGCCCCAGCUGGAGCCGGGCCCUGCGGUAACCCCCCCUGCACACCUACCUGCCUGACCGACCUACCUGUCUGCAAACCUACCGACCUGCCUGCCUGAGCCGGUCACUGCGGGGGUCUGGCACCCCGAGAUUGCCAUUGGCCCCAGCUGCCCCCACACAGUGGUUAUGGUGGGCUCUGAGUGACAGGGUGGUGGGGGGCGGCAUGGGGGGGGGGUAUUAAAGUACUCAGUGCUAAUCCACGUGCUUUAAAAUAACUCCCACUGACUCAGGGGGCAUCUCCCCUCCAGCACACUCAUCGUGGACUUUGUAGUGUGUGUGCGUGUGUAUAUAAAAAUAUAUAUAAUAUAAUCUAUAUACUCCCCCACCCCCUCUGUAUACAGCAUUAUUUGGACUGGCUUUAUUGAGGAAGGGGGAGAAUUAAGGAAAGAAGGGAAAAACAAUAUUUCAAAGGCUGUUGGAUCUGAAGGCUGCACCCCUGUCUCUCUCUCUCCUGGAUUGUCUCCUUGGCUGUAAAAAAAAAUAAUUUUUAAAAAAUGGGAGCUGCUACUAAGCUGGCUUUUGCAGUCUUCCUUAUCUCCUGUUCUUCAGGAGCUAUUCUUGGAAGAUCUGAAACCCAGAAAUGCAUUUAUUACAAUGCAAGCUGGGAAAAGGAAAAGACAAACCGCAGUGGCAUUGAGACCUGCUACAGUGAUACGGAUAAAAGGCGGCAUUGCUUUGCUACGUGGAAGAAUGUAUCUGGAACUCUAGAAAUCCUCAAACAAGGUUGCUGGCUGGAUGAUAUCAACUGUUAUGACAGGAAUGAAUGCAUCGAAAAAAAGGAGAAUCCAGAUGUGUUUUUCUGUUGCUGCGAAGGAAAUUCAUGUAAUGAAAAGUUCAUCCACUUGCCAGAGAUGGAGAUUACACAGCCCACCUCAAAUCCUGUUCCACCAAAACCGCCUUUAUUCAACACCUUGCUUUACUCAUUGGUGCCGAUAAUGGGUUUUGCGAUCAUUGUUCUUAUUUCUUUUUGGAUGUACCGACAUCACAAGCUUGCCUAUCCACCGGUGCUUGUUCCUACACAGCACGCCUUUCACAUUAUGAUAGAGGAUCCAGGCCCUCCACCACCAUCCCCGCUAUUGGGCUUAAAGCCUCUGCAGUUAUUGGAAGUCAAAGCAAGAGGGAGAUUUGGUUGCGUGUGGAAAGCGCAGUUAUUACACGAAACCGUAGCUGUCAAAAUAUUCCCGCUACAGGAUAAAUUAUCAUGGCAGAAUGAAUAUGAAAUUUACAACCUGCCUGGGAUGAGGCAUGAGAAUAUCUUACAGUUCAUUGGUGCUGAAAAGCGUGGUACUAACCUUGACACAGACCUGUGGUUAAUAACUGCUUUUCAUGAAAAGGGUUCGCUCACAGAUUUCUUAAAGGCAAAUGUAGUUUCGUGGAAUGAACUUUACUAUAUUGCAGAAACCAUGGCCAGGGGAUUGGCCUAUCUUCAUGAAGAUAUCCCAGGUUUGAAAGAUGGGCAUAAACCUGCCAUUGCCCAUAGGGAUAUCAAAAGCAAAAAUGUGCUUCUUAAAAACAACUUGACUGCUUGUAUAGCAGACUUCGGUCUGGCUUUGAAGUUUGAAGCUGGAAAGUCUGCAGGUGACACUCAUGGCCAGGUUGGUACCCGGAGAUACAUGGCUCCAGAAGUACUAGAAGGUGCUAUCAAUUUCCAGAGGGAUGCAUUUUUAAGGAUAGAUAUGUAUGCAUUUGGCUUAGUGCUCUGGGAGUUGGCGUCAAGAUGCACCGCUUCUGAUGGUCCUGUGGAUGAAUAUAUGUUGCCAUUUGAAGAGGAAGUUGGCCAGCAUCCGUCAUUGGAAGAUAUGCAAGAAAUCGUAGUGCACAAAAAGAAAAGGCCUAUAUUAAGGGAGUGUUGGCAGAAGCAUGCAGGGUUGGCAAUGCUCUGUGAAACAAUCGAGGAAUGCUGGGAUCAUGAUGCAGAGGCCAGGUUAUCGGCUGGGUGUGUAGAGGAGCGAAUCAUUCAGAUGCAAAGACUCACAAACAUUAUCACACCCGAGGACAUAGUAACAGUGGUCACGAUGGUGACAAAUGUGGACUUCCCUCCUAAGGAAUCUAGUCUAUGAUGGUUGCACCUGGAUGUGUUUUCCAAUCAACAGGACUCUGGUUUGGAGCUGCUAAGCUAAAGAAAUGUCUUUCUUACAAAUUAAUGCAUUUUUCAUGUGGGAAAAAAAUUGGAAUUGGUUGGUCUAUGAAUGGAAUGUUGGUUUGGAGACAAGACUCUUUUGAUAUUGGUUUGCCAGACUUCUUUCAUUCCAUGCAAAUGCCUGAAGGGCACGUGACUUGCAACACAUUUUAGGAUGAAAGAAAUAAAAAUGAAGUAAUGCAAAAAUGAGGAUCCCUUCUCUGGCUGAAAAGAUGCACCGAUUUUCUAAACAUGUCAGAAAAAGACUAAUACCUUAAGUGAACU